AGCUGGAGUUGGGAGUUUAACUUUCAGUUUAUACUACGUGUCUGAGAAUAUCAUGGAUUCGAGCUUUGGGCCGAUUCUCCUGUUGGUUUCGUGUGUUCUUGUAUCACACGUGGUGGCGCCAGGUGAUGGUGUACAAGCUAUAGUGAAAACUACGACGAAUCUCGUCACAGCUCCUUUGAACCUUGAAAAGUACUACCUAACAAACUUUUACAGUCUGCAUUUUGACUGCUAUCGAUUUUGCUGGGUUGUACUUGGGAAGAAACGCCGAAAUGAGUGCUUGGAAACUAAGAAAAUCAAAUGUCAAGAAAGACGGAAUUACAGCUACGGACAAUUUGUGGUAUUUCACCUCACCAAGCUCGGCGUGGGCAAGGUCGCUUCCAAAGUGUUGGGAGUGCCCAUUAUGGUGGUCGGGACGGGUGUUCAAGCAGGAGUAGCCGCAGCGAGUACGGUAGCUUCAGGAGCUGUCGAGGGAGUAAAAGAAAUAACAAAGGUAGGAAAUCAAGUUGGACAAGCUACCUUGGAUGUUGCCAAAAAUGGAGUUGAAACUACUAAGGCAGCAGUAGAAGAUACCAAAAAGGCUACGAGUGCAGCGCUUGGGGGAAUGAAAGAGGCUGCUGAUACAGGACUUGCAGGAGCGACAGAAAAGACUAAGGCAGCCGCUGGAGAAGCUUUAGGUGCGGCAAGUGCUGCUUUACAAGCACCAGGAGCUUUGCUGAAAAACGGUGGUCCAUUAUCAAAAAUUCCCUCUUUCAAUAAGGACAGUUAAAUAAAUUGGAAGAUGUAAAAUUGUCCAGAUUGAAAAAGUGUUA